UGUCAUGCCAAUGUACAAUGCAUCCUGUUGGCUGGAUGAAUGUCUGCAGGCCAUAUUACAUCAAGACUACACUGGCACCAUGGAGCUGUCUGUCUUUGAUGACGCAAGCACUGAUGACUCGAGGACAGUGGUGGAGGGCUGGAAGGACAGGCUGGAGGAGAGGGGCGUCUCCGUGGUGAUCUCCGGCCACAACUCAUCCCAACCCAGAGGAGUGGGAUAUGCGAAGAACAAGGCAGUGUCUCAGAGCUGUGGGCAAUACUUGUGCUUUCAGGAUGCGGAUGAUGUUAUGCUUCCCCAAAGAGUUGGUCUGCAGUAUGACGCCUCUGUCCUCCACCCACUCUCUCUGAUUGGCUGUCAAGUUCAGAGGGUCCCUGAGGGCUCUACGGAGCGUUACACCCGCUGGAUCAACAUGAUCUCUCAGGAUCAGCUCCUCACACAGGUGUACACCUCUCAUGGGCCAACAGUUGUCAUGCCGACGUGGUUCUGCUCGAGGAACUGGUACCUGAAGGUUGGACCGUUUGAUGAGGGGGGCAAGGGAGUCCCGGAGGACUUGAUCUUCUUCUACCAAAGUCUUCGUCAGGGAGGGGGCAUGGCCAGGGUCGACCAGUGCCUGCUGGUGUACCGUUACCACGAGAAGGCCACCACACACUCUGUAACAGAGUCAGACGGCAACAUCUUCCUGCGUGACUACAAGCGUUUGGAUGGACUGAAGGCAAACGUCAUCAAUGGGAAAAAGCAGCACUUGAUGGCUCCCAUUGUCCUUCUCCAUAAAACCCCUGAUGAUAAGCUGAUGCCGAUUGCUAUUCAGCUGAAGCAGACUCCAGCAGAUGACAACCCCAUCUUCUUUCCUACUGACUCUGAGUACGACUGGCUGAUGGCCAAGAUAUUUGUGAGAAGUGCAGAUUUCAGCGAGCAUCAACUAAAUGUUCACCUGCUGCGCACUCAUCUGCUGGCUGAGGCUUUUGCUGUGUCACUGCUGCGCAACGUGCCCAUGGUGCAUCCACUGUACAAGCUCCUCAUACCUCACACUCGCUACACUCUGCAGGUCAACUACUUAGCUCGACUUCUUCUCAUAUCUCCAAGUGGAGUUUUCACACAGUUCGCAUCAUCUGGUGGCGAGGCUAUGAUCACAAUCCUGAAGAGAUCCAUGUCCUCAAUCACCUACAAGUCUCUCUGCAUGCCGGAAGACAUUGCUGAGCGUGGGAUGGAGGAUGUGCCGAACUACUACUACAGGAAUGAUGGACUCAUGCUUUGGGAUAUCAUUCAGAGGUUUGUGAAAGGAGUGCUUGGUCACUACUACAAGAGUGAUGCUGAGGUUAGCCAGGACUCUGAACUCCAACAGUGGAUUCAAGACAUUUUUGAACAUGGAUUCCUCUCCCAGGCAAACACAGGAAUCCCUCAAAGGCUUUCAUCCGUGGCAGAGUUGGUCAAGUUUGUCACCAUGGUGAUUUUCACUGGCUCAGGACAGCAUGUGAACUCUGGACAGUUUGACUAUGGUGGCUGGAUGACCAACAAUCCCAUCUCCCUUCAACUUCCUCCACCAUCCACAAAGGGGAAAACAAGCGAGGCCACAAUGCUGAAAACAUUCCCUGAUGUCAACACAACAGUCCAAGGCAUGUCCACCAUGUGGCUGCUCAGCAAGCAGUCCUCUGACUUCCUAAGUGUCCGUCUCGGCCUCUACCCAGAGGAGCAUUUCUGUGAGGAAGUUCCCUGCAAGCUGAUAAGCAACUUUCAAGGGGAACUUGAAAUAUUUAGCACAGUGAUCAAAACCAGAAACAAGAGCCUGGAGGUCCCAUACACUUACAUGGACCCUGCUUUGGUGGAAAAUAGUGUGGCCAUUUGAAUGUUGCAGUGAAAGAAGGUGUGGGCCCCUCCCUCAACCUGACAUUGGAUAGUUUCCUGAUCUCUUUCUCACUAUAGGGUUGGUAUCCUCAUGAGGGAAUCUUUAUUAGCCUCAUUAGUCUUCUACAUUUUUUACUGAUGAUUUUUCAGUGUCUUAGUAAUUUGAUUGCUUAUUUUAAAGCUCAUUUAAAAAUCUACUGAUGGCAACUUUACCACUGGGAAAACUCAAUACAUUUCAAACAUUUGCAUGCAGAACACAACUCAGAGAUUUGCUAAAUAAAUACUGAUGUGUUAGCUGAGAGCAAAUGUACAAAUCUAAGCAUUUUAGCAUCAGUUCUGCUAGCUCAGUCGAGUUACAUAAACAGAAAAUGGACCAAACGAUAUAUAUUCAGGAACAAAAUAUACUAAUCUCAAACAAUCGUCCAGUGACUAAAUGUAACUCUGCCUGCAACAGAUUAGUCUUGUCUUUGUAUAUUUGUUGUUUAUUCCGUUGAUGUGUUGUUGCUGGUGAUUUGUUGCUUAUGUAUAUGUUGUUGCUAAUUUAUUGUUUCAAGGAUAUUAUAUCAUUCUGUACUCACACCUGUACUAUCUUGCAAUGAGUCGCUUGUCAAUAAUAAAACCA